UUCAAUACAUUUUUCAUCAAAACACUCAAUUAUAUUUCUUUUCCCAUUCUCAUAAUCCAACAGAAAACAAAAAUGGCAGCGCUUACCGUCAUUAAACUUGUUACACUACUGGGGAUGUUGUCUGGGUUACUGUUCGGCUCAGUUAUGGGUCAGAAUUGUGGUUGUGCACCAAACUUAUGCUGCAGUCGGUUUGGAUUCUGUGGUAGCGACGAGGCCUAUUGUGGUAUGGGGUGUCAAUCAGGGCCUUGUUUCGGAACCAAUCCUCCUAGUACCGGUGGUGGUGGUUCGGUUGCGAAUAUAGUAACAGAUGGUUUUUUCAAUGGAAUUAUUAACCAGGCUGCUGCUAAUUGUGCUGGGAGAGGUUUCUAUACACGUAACGCAUUUCUUGAAGCAGUUAAAUCGUACCCCAGUUUCGCAUCUGGGAGUGACGAAGCUGCAAAACGUGAAGUUGCUGCAUUCUUUGCUCAAGUAACUCAUGAAACUGGACAUUUCUGUCACAAAGAUGAAAUUAACGGUGCAAGCCACAACUACUGUGAUCCAAACAGUGCAGGAAAUCCAUGUACUCCCGGCGCGCUAUACUUUGGCCGAGGACCAAUCCAAUUGACAUGGAAUUUCAACUACGGACCUGCUGGAAGAAGCAUCGGUUUUGAUGGUCUUAAUGCUCCUGAAACUGUAUCAAACGACCCAAUCAUCUCGUUCAAGACCGCGUUGUGGUUUUGGACAAACAACGUUCAUCCAGUCAUGAGCCAAGGGUUCGGUGCUACAACCCGUGCCAUUAAUGGAGCCUUGGAAUGCAAUGGUGGAAACCCUGGUACAGUUCAGACCAGGGCGAAUUACUAUACCAGUUACUGCAACCAACUCGGUGUUUCACCAGGAGGUAACCUAUUGUGCUAAGAGACGGAGAAACUACAAAAAUGUAAUCUUUAAUUUGGUCUAAAUAAAGAGAAGAAUUUUAAGGCAAAGACAGAUUAGUGUCUUGGUCUAGAGGUUCUGGAAUUCGCAGCAGAAUUUAAAAUGUAAUCCUCAUCAUAUGUAUAAUUUGAAUAAGAAUUUUAAAAUUGAUCGAAUAAUUAAAUUUGGAUGUUCUAUAA